ACAUUAAAGUACCGGGAUAUUCAAAUCUUCUGUUAAAAACAACAUAGCAUAAACCUCGUGUUUAACACUUGUUAUUAACAAAAUUUACACAAUAGUGAGCCAAAGAGUGCUACUAUAUAAGUUUACUAUAUUGUACCUUUUGAAAAGUUUUACAUUAAAUCAAUAAAUCCAAAAGUAUCGAAAUGAUAUUUUGUUGGUUUAGUACAUUAAAAUGUGGAAGCUUGCCUCUUUCUUAAAUUUUGCGACCAUUCGCUCAGAUUUACUUUGUUUGAAAAAAACUUGUUACUGUAUUAUAAAAGGAAAAAGAGAAAAUCAGAUAAGAUGGUUGUCAUAUGGCAGAAUACUUGCUAAUAAACCAAAAAUUAUAUUGACCAAUCAUAUCACUAUAGCUGAGUUAUCAAGUAAACUUGCAGUAGAUUCUUCUUCUAUAAUAAAAUUGCUGACAGACUAUGGCUAUACUGUUAAUAAAGGUCUCAGUACAGUUCUUGAUUUUGAAAUUGCUGAGGCCAUUGCAGAUGAAUACCAUUUUGAAGUUAUUGCAGCAGGGGACACUCAUCGUUUAAAAAGAUCUCCAGUUGUAACAAUAAUGGGCCAUGUAGAUCAUGGGAAAACAACUUUAUUGGAUUUUUUGAGAAAGACAUCUAUUGCUGCUAAUGAGGCAGGUGGAAUUACACAGUCUAUUGGAGCUUUUUCAGUUCAGGUGCCAGGUCUUGAGAAUGCUAAAGUAACAUUUAUUGAUACUCCUGGCCAUGCUGCUUUCAGUUUAAUGCGUUCACGUGGUGCACACCUAACAGACAUAGUAGUUCUAGUUAUUGCAGCUGAUGAUGGUGUUAUGGCUCAAACUAAGGAAUGCAUUCAACAUAUCAAAGAAGCACAAGUUCCUUUAAUUGUUGCAAUAAAUAAAAUAGAUAAACCCAAUGGAAAUCCUGCCAAAAUUCGCCGUGAUUUGCUCACUAAUGGCAUACUUCUUGAAGAAUUUGGUGGGUCAGUCAAAAGUAUUAAUAUUUCUGCUUUAAAGGGCUUAAACAUUGACAAUUUUUUAGUUCUUCUAAAUGAUGUCUCAAAAGAGUUGAAACUAGAAGCUAGUUAUGAUGGACCUGUUGAAGCAGUUGUUUUAGAAGCAGAAAAAAAUAAAUUGAAUGGGGCAAUUGCUUCUCUUUUGGUGAAGCAAGGAACGCUCAAAGUGGGGAAUGUUUUAGUAUCAGGAACUUCAAUUGCAAAGGUUCGCCAAAUAUAUGAUCAUAAUGGUAAAAUAUUGAAACAAGUGCUUCCUUCAGAACCAUGUCAAGUGGUAGGAUGGAAAAGUUUGCCGAAGCCUGGUUUUAUAGUUAUGCAAGUGAAAAAUGAGUUAGAAGCCCAAAGUAUUAUCAAAUUGCAAGAAUCAGAUAGCAAACCUAUCCAUAUUAAACAAUCUCCUUUGCAGAAAGCUAUUGGUAAAAAGGCAAUUACAUCAGACAUGAAAGGUGGUAGAUCAAAAAUUCCUAUGCGUGUAAUAAUGCGUCAAGAAGCUGCUUCAGGUGUGAAAGAAGAAUCCAAUAAAAGUGCAGCCAUAAAUAUAGUUUUAAAAGCUGAUUCAAGUGGAUCAUUAGAAGCUAUUGUUAAUGUUAUCAAUUCAUUUUACUCAAAUGAUAUAAAAAUAAACGUACUCGAAGCUUCUGUUGGUCCUAUAAAUGAAAAUGAUUUACUCAUGGCUAGUACUGCAAAAGGUAUUAUUUAUUCUUUUAACUUGGUUACUGAUAAAAGUAUUGAAACAAAAGCUGAACAAAUGCAGGUACCACUGCGAUCUCAAAACAUAAUCUACAAACUUAUGGAUGUGUUGAAGGAGGAUGUAGAAAGCAACCUCCCAUAUAAGAUCAAUGAAACAAUUAUUGGAGAGGCUUUGGUUGCUGGAGUUUUUAAACUAACAGGCGCCCGAAAAGGUGUUGCUGCUGGUUGUCGUGUUCUUGAAGGAUCUCUAGAUAACACAACUGGUUAUGUAUGGAAAGUAUUGAGGGAUGGAGAAGAAAUUUUUAAAGGGUCACUAAAAUCUUUAAGACGUGGUUCAACAGAAAUAACUGUGGCAAAGAAGCUUUCUGAGUGUGGAAUAAUGCUUAACAAUUUUACAGAUUUUCAAGAAGGUGACACUCUGCUGUGUGUUAAGUCAGAGAAAAUUAAAGAAGAAGUUGUGUGGAAGAUUUAGAUUUUUUGUUAGCUGUUCUUAAAUAAAAGAUUUUAAAUGUCUUA